CCCAAAAUCAGCACACAAUUCCAAACACUAUUCCUCGAAACUUGACCUCUAAUUUCUCUCCUAAAUUCCUCCCCAUUCAUCUUCAUGACGAAUUCGACUCUGCGUUUUUCCUAAAAGGGGUUGCUUUUUGUUCAAAAGUCUGCCUCGUGUUCUAUUAGGUGGGCAGGCUUUUGUCACAAACAAUGGGCAGUGCAUUUAAUCCACAGAUCCUGGUGGAAAAGCUGUCCAAGCUCAACAAUACACAGCAGAGCAUUGAGACUUUAUCGCAUUGGUGUAUUUUUCAUAUGAACAAGGCAAAACAAGUUGUUGAAACAUGGGAUAGACAAUUCCAUUGCUCCCCACGGGAGCAGCGAUUGGCUUUUCUAUAUCUUGCGAAUGAUAUUCUGCAGAUUAGUAGGCGGAAGGGGUCAGAGUUUGUUGGUGAGUUUUGGAAGGUUCUUCCAGAAGCCCUUCGUGAGGUAAUUGAGAAUGGGGAUGAGUUCGGAAGAAAUGCUGCACUACGGCUGAUCAGCAUUUGGGAGGAAAGAAAGGUCUUUGGUUCUCGAGGGCAGAUUCUUAAGGAGGAGCUUGUGGGAAGGCACCAGGAAAAUAGUAAUAGAAAUGGGAAGCAUUCAGGGUUAAAACUGAGACCUUCUGCUGGAAAUGCAUUAGAUAAAAUAGUUUCAGGUUAUCAAGUUGUUUAUGGUGGCCAACUUGAUGAAGAUGCUAUGUUGAGCAAAUGUAGGAAUGCUAUUAGCUGCGUUGAGAAAGUUGAUAAGGAAAUUGGGGGUGAUUUUAAUUUAGGAAAACUCAAUGGCUCUGGCAUUGUGGAGGAGCUUAAAGGGCAGCAUGGUAUAUUGAGAGACUGUAUUGAACAGUUAACGGUAGUUGAAUCAUCAAGAACAAAUCUUGUGUCUCAUCUGAGAGAGGCUCUUCGGGAGCAGGAAUUCAAACUGGAUCAAAUCCGCAAUCAACUUCAGACAGCUCAGUCCCAGUCAGAACAGGCAGGUAAUAUGUGCAGACAGUUACUGAACAACAAUGGACAGUUAUUAGCUGACCAGAACAUGAAGGAAACUCAUACCUCCAUAGCUCCACCUAGUUUUAUAACUGGAAGCAAAGAACAAUCAGCUCCAGUAAUGUACACUAGACAGGUACCUUUUGCUGAAAAAUCUGGAGAUGACACCAAAGCUGCAGCUGCUGCAGUGGCGGCAAAGCUUACUGCAUCUACAUCCUCAGCUCAGAUGCUGACUUAUGUCCUCUCUUCUCUGGCAUCAGAAGGCGUCAUUGGCAAUCCGAUGAAAGAAUCUUCCGUUGAUUAUCCUUCUGAAAAGAGAACUAAGCUUGAGAAUGACCACACCACUUACAUGCCAUCUCAGAAUCCUCGACCACCAGUUCCACCUUAUCCGCAUCCCGACUCCCUGCCACACAGUAGUAUUCCAAUCACCACACAAGAAUUGACUGCAAAUGAACAACCACGUCCCCCAUCAUCCCCUCCGCCAUUGCCUCCAUUACCACCGCCUAUGCAGCCAUAUCAAUUGCCUCAGUUCAUGCAGACUGCUGGAUCUAUUAGCUUACCAUAUGGCUUUGGUACAACCCAACUGCAGCCACCGCUCAUGCCUGGUUAUCCGAGUGUAGGGGCUCUGAUGAAUGGUGUUUCUUCCUUCUCAGCUCCUCCAUCAAAUGUGUACCAGAGUUUUCAAGGAUCAGAAGGAGGUUUUUAUAGCCAGGCAUCAUCCUUGCCAAUGGCACCAAUCUCGCGGCAGUAGAAUUAUCAGUCUUCAUUGUUUGUUGAGAGGAAAGGUCUGGGAUGGUAAUUUUAGGACAUAUGAGAAUAAAUGAAGCUUCUUUGUGCCUUUUGAUUACUGACCCAUAAAAAUAGAUUUUGCACAUGGUAAGUAAAUGUUUGUAUUCAUAUUUAUAAAAUGUGUUUGAAAUUUAAUUUAGAAGUUGAAAUAAUUUAAUUUUGAUGUUGAAAUGAAGAUAAGAAGUUUGAUUGUGUUAA